ACACCUGUUUUAUUAAUCGGGACCGAGUCAACGCGGCGGCUCGAGCGGCGACUCGAGCGGCAGCUCGAUGCAGAACGGCGGCAGCCGGACCUUGCAGGGUCCGGAUCCGCGCGCGGUAGCGGCUGGGGAGGUGGGCGGCGAUGCGGGGUUCGUCGUUGACGACGAGGAAGGCCGGAGCGCGGCUUCUCGGGCGGAUCCAUGGCGGCUCCUGGGCAGAUAGGAGAUAUGGAGGUGAGGUGGAGAAGAAGGAGCUCGCCGGAGCCGGGCGACGGCAGAUGGGGGCGGGAGACGGAUGGAUCCGGCCCAGCGGCGCGAAGUUCUUGCAGGUGGAGACGGGGUUGGUUCUGCGCGCAAACGCCCACCUUGGCCGCCUCCGACGACUCAUCGCCGCCGUGGGAGUCAUGAACUCCGACCACGGGGACUCGCACGCCCUGCAGCGGCCGGAACUGGCUGAAGGUCAUUCGACAUCCUCGACUUCAUGCCUUCCCCACGCCCUCCUCCAUCCACGACCUCUGCUAAGGACUUAUGCUACUCCCAGCUCAAGCUCCUCAAGCAUGCUGCAUGCUACUUCUUCCCUACAUCCUGAAGAUGUCACCUUUAUUGCUGAUGAGUUAAUGUUUGAUGCAACCCUGCAAUCUACAAUUUGCCCGUCAGAAGGUUACCUGAAGCUUAAAAUAGAGAAAAUGGCUAUUAACCUCAUGAUUUUGUGUACUAAGUCACAAGGUAUUUUAUUCUCAACCAAAUAAGAGUUUCAUUAUUAUUUUUGAGCAAUUUAGAAUUGCUUUUUCAUAUUUGUUGGAGAAUCAGAUCGAUGAAUACUGAACUAAGUUGCACGAUUUGUCUCAUGAUUUUUCAAAAAUGGCUUUAGAAUUAGAUCUUUUACAAACUAAUACUGUCUAAUCUGACACCCUGUUAACCUCAUGAUUUCGUGUACUACUUAUUUCCUCAUGAUUUUUAAGUUGCACGAUUUGGCUUUUGGAGACAAUUUCAGAUCCGGCUUAGUGACAGGAUCAUCUUUUUCUUGAGUUAUUUUGCUAAAAACAUCACAAGAUAUGGUCCUAAUUGUUUGCAGAUUUAUCUCUAUUCAAUCUGCCUUCACUGAACUUCUGAGCACUAACACUGAACUUCCUGGUGUUAAUUCUACCCUGCAGAACUAACACUAAUUGAUUUCCAUGAGGAAUGCCCUCAAUGUGCAACAAUAUCAUUCUUCCUGGUGUUGCAUUAAAUAUACCUCUUAUUUAGAAAAAUAUAUCCUUUGGAUUUGGGAGCAGUAUAUUAGGUAGACAUCGUUUGGUGAACAUCUGCAGGGUAGAAUUCUUGGUUGACUCUAGAAUUUUGUUGUAGAUUAGUCGGCAGAUUAGAACGUCUUUGGCGAGUUCUUUGUUGGUUAGGUCCAGCUCGCUUGGCACUGGACCUAGCAAAUGCGUGUGCAUGUGCAGAUCUCUCAUCUAUCCACUGCACCACCUGUUGUUGGAUGGCAGUGGGGUGUCCAAGCGUGUGGAAGACCUAUCCGCCGUGGCGGCGCAGCUCAGCUCCGAGGAGAACAGUUCCAAGGCCCAACUAAUAGUCUACCACAACUCUUAGCCCAUUCCUAGACUGUAAUUAAAUUGCAUUAUCAAUCAAUCAUAGGCUACAAUUAACCAGUGUAAUUUGGAUGUGCAACACCAGAGACCAUUUGAUUGAAUUGGUGGUAUAGUAAUGCUAUCCUGAUACAAUUAGUAGAUCCUUUUGUCCUGACAAGAAGAUGGUCUUUGUCCUGUCAUGCAGAUGGUCUUUCGUCCUGUCAAGCAGAUGGUUAAUUACUGGACAGGUAGAGCAUGGCAUUUUCCGUGUGCAAUCCACACUGACAAGCCUGCAGAGGCUACUUCAAGUCAAGUGUCUUUAGAAUUUCUUACUAUGUCUACUCAUGUAGUAUUUAGAUUAGAAUAAUAUCAGAUUUGAUUGAUGCCCUCAGUUCAUCACACACACUGACAUGUUACUUCUUUCUGGCUUUAACUAUUUUUCUAGAUGUUUUUUUUUGCUUAUACUCAUGGUUAUGGUUGUGGUGUAUUAACAUUGACAUGAUGUAUGGAUUUUUCAGAAGUUGAGCACACAUACUCAUGAACGUUGUGCUGCUUAUUCGUUAUCCACCCAUACUGCUCAGAAGCCUGCCGCUUUUUUCAAUGGUCUUCACAGAUGGUUGUUGAGCCCAUCUCAGAUGAAUAGCUAGAUACCAGGAUGUAGGGCUAUCAUUUAUCCCUAACAAAAUUGAAUUUUUUUUCUUUGAUACGACACGAUAGUUCUCUAGAUUAUAAUCAUUACAAUUACUUGCAAGUUCUCAAGAAAUAUUUGUUGUGCAACUUACAAAAUACGAUCAGACUGAAUUAAGGGUAUAGCUUGUAAUAUGGCGCCAGUUCUUGAAUUAGUUGUUUCAUGCCAUUUGAAAUGUUUUACAUAACACAUUGGAAAGUAUACUUAAAUGAUUGGUCUCA